AUGGCCAUCUUGUCCCCCCGAUUAUCGAGCUCCCACAGCAAUGGGGAAUCGUCCGAAUCUGCCCCCGACUCCUCAAAUGCCCUGGCCGUAGACGAAGCUGCACUCGACGAGCAAUCACCACUGUUCUUCGAUAACGAGGACGAUGCUCCUAUCUCGAGCACCAACGUCAGCGUCGACGAGCUCCAGCGCACCAGGAGCGUCUGGUAUCUGGUACUAGUCACCAUCGGUAUCGGUGGUCUGCAGACUGCCUGGUCUGUCGAGCUGUCCAAUGGAUCUCCCUACUUGCUGUCGCUCGGCCUGAGCAAGUCGCUCAUGGCACUCGUCUGGAUCGCGGGACCGCUUUCGGGAACCCUCGUCCAGCCGUACAUAGGCAUGCUCAGCGACAACUGCCGCCUGCCCUGGGGAAAGCGCAAGCCCUUCAUACUGGGCGGGACUGCGGCUACGAUCGUAUCGCUCCUGUCCCUCGCGUGGGUGAAAGAGCUGGUUGGCGGCUUCCUGGGAAUCUUCGGCGCUGACCCCGAUUCCAAGGGCGUCCGUGUGACCACCAUCGUCGCGGCCGUCGUCGGCAUAUACGUCCUGGACUUUUCCAUCAACACAGUCCAGGCCUCCAUCCGCGCCUUCAUCGUGGACUGCGCCCCGGCCCACCAGCAGGAGGCUGCCAACGCCAUGGCCAGCCGCAUCCUGGGCACGGGCAACAUCAUCGGUUACGUAGCCGGCUACGCCGAUCUGCGGGAGCGCCUCUGGUUUCUGGGAAACAGUCAGUUCAAGAUCCUCUGCGCCCUGGCCUGCAUGGCGCUAGGCGUCACCGUGGCCCUGAGCACGGCCACGGUGCGGGAGAGAGACCCCCGUCGGGAUGGGCCCCCGGCGCGCAACCGGCCCGGCUUGAUGGCCUUCUUCCGGGUCAUCUUCGGCUCCAUCAAGCGUCUGCCGCCCCAGAUCAAGAGCGUCUGCCAAGUACAGUUCUUUUCUUGGAUCGGCUUCUUCCCUCUGCUGUUCUACACAUCGUCGUAUAUCGGCGAGAUCUACGUCGAGCCAUACCUAGAGGAGAACCCGCACAUGACACCCAAGGAGCUGGAGCACCUGUACGAGAAGGCGACGCGGAUCGGGACAUUUGCGCUGCUCAUAAACGCCAUUGUCAGCCUGUCUACCAACGUCCUGCUACCAUUCUUCGUCGCUCCGACGUACGAUGGCCUGCCCAUGGUGACUGCUGAGGGAUAUGGCACACAUAAGCAGUCGUCGUCGGUGCUGGAUCGCUUGCGGAUACCCGGACUCACCCUCAAGAAGGCGUGGUUCCUGUCUCUCAUCCUCUUCUCGGUGUGCAUGCUCUGCACCGUGUUCGUGCGAUCGGUGCGCGGGGCGACGGUCCUGAUAGGCCUCGCCGGUAUCACAUGGGCCGUGGCCCUGUGGGCGCCGUGGGCCAUAAUCAGCGCGGAGAUCAGUCGUCGAGACGCGCUCCUGCGCUCGCAGCGCAGCCAUGGCGUGAGCGUGGGGGACGAGUUUGAGUACGACGGCGAGCACAUGUCUGCCGGCGAGCAAGAGAGGACGGACCAGGCCGGCGUCAUUCUGGGCAUCCACAACAUGGCGAUCGCGGCGCCCCAAAUAUUGGCGACGUGCGGGUCGAGCAUCAUCUUCGGGAUAUGGCAGAAACCGCGCGGCACCCCCGGCGACCACAGCGUGGCCAUGGUCAUGGCCGUGGGGGGCAUCUUUGUCCUCGUGGCGUCGUUCUUCGUGUCACGCAUAAAAGACGACAUAUCUGAGGUCGAGGGUGCCACAGCAGAUGGAGACGGAGAGGAGACGCGUCGGCUGUACAGGAGGAGCACUACCAGGCACACAUGA